UUUGGGACAAUUUGAUAUCCGCGAUACAAGUGUGGAGGUUGGAAUCCCGGAGUCUCCAUGGAGACACCACACCACUACCCACUUCUACGAUAUGACAGUCUCAUCCUCAGCACCAGAAUCUGUGGACCCUUAUCACACCAGUUGGGUCGAGAUUUUUUUCCAAACCUUUAUUCGUCGAUGGAAUCGUGUUGGAGCCUCAAAGAUCUCUUGGCGUGCUGAUCUUCUGAGCCUAAGCUUCGCGGAGACCUGUCUACACAACACCACGACAAACAUCUCCAAUCAGCGAGUUACCGCAUACAUUCUUUUUGGACCCUUAUUUCCUAGGUAAUCCGCCAUGGAGAUGCUUCAACUGGGCUCGCGCGCCCACCACUCCGGCGACGACGAAACCGAGCGCGAGUACGACCGCCUUCGCGACCUCGCCCGCCAAGAAGCCGCAAAGCGCUCCUCCUGUUUCGACCGCUCGCGCGCCGCCUACGAAUCCGGCGACGGCGCGCUCGCCAAGCAGCUCUCCGAGGAAGGAAAACGACAUGCCGCGAAAAUGGAACAAUACAAUCGGCAAGCGCGCGACUUCAUAUUCCGGGCGAACAACAGCGUCGACAGGGUGCCGGCGGACACGAUCGAUUUACACGGCUUGUAUGUGGAGGAGGCGGAAGAUAUCUUGGAGGAGAGGAUCAAGGCUGCGAGGCAGAGGGGGGAGAGCCAUUUGCAUGUCAUUGUUGGGAGGGGGAAUCAUAGUACGGGGCAUGUGCAGAAGAUUAAGCCGAGGGUGGAGCAGGUGUGUAGGGAGUUGGGACUGCAUUAUGCGACGGAGGAGAAUGAUGGGAGGAUCUAUGUGGAUCUGAGGGGUGGGCAGGUCCAUGGCAUGCCGCCGCCGCCGCCGAGUUAUGGUGGGUAUCCUGGACAGCAGCAUGGAGGGCAGCAGCAUGGAGGGCAGCAUCAUGGUGGACAUGGUGGGCAACCGCAGCAUCAUGAAGGACAUGGCCAUCAACAGCAGCAGCAGGUCGCUGAAGUGUUGCGUGGUUAUCAUAGGUUAUUACGACGGCAUAUGCUUGCUUUGCCAUCAGAUCCUAAUAGCUAG